UUUCUCAAUUACUUCACUCUCAAACACUAAAGUAAGAACCCAUCAGGAACUUUUAGACGAAGUCAUAAUGCAACAACCAAUCAAUUAUUACACGCAAACUGAGAGUGAACUUUUACAAUUGGAAGCGUCUGGAAUACACUUGCCAGCUUAUCAAUUGCAAGCCGAAUCCUUACAGCAACUACACGCACAAAGUCUACAACACAGCACAAGCAACGAUCAUUCAACUCCAACUUCAUCAAUCGCCACACCCACACCGAUAGUAACAAGUAACUUAGAACCGCAUUCGAACAGCAGUAAUGGUGGCGGUAGCAAUAGCACCACACCUGCACAUUUUGUACCACCGCCACAACGUCGUUGUCAGCCGCCACCGAAUUUGCCGCUGAGUUCAAUUUCAUCACCACUGCGUACUGCCAGUUACAAAACGGCAGCAUAUCUUCACAGUCAUCAUCAGCAACUGGAUUUCCAACGUAACUCGCAGUCAGAUGAUGAUAGUGGUUGCGCACUUGAAGAAUACACUUGGGUACCACCAGGACUAAGGCCAGAUCAGGUUCGUUUGUAUUUCUCUCAACUGCCAGAUGAUAAGGUGCCCUAUGUCAACAGUGCUGGUGAAAACUACCGCGUUAAACAAUUGCUGCACCAACUACCGCCGCAAGAUAACGAAGUACGCUACUGUCAUUCUUUGAGUGAUGAAGAACGCAAGGAGUUGCGUAUAUUUUCGGCGCAAAGAAAACGUGAAGCUUUGGGACGAGGAGCUGUUCGACUUUUGUCAGACGAAAGACCAUGCAAAGGGUGUGACGACCAUUUAUCCUCCGGUGACAUUGUGGUCUUUGCGCAGCGUCUUGGCUCGCAUGUUUGCUGGCAUCCUGGUUGCUUUGUGUGCUGCGUUUGCAAGGAACUACUCGUGGAUUUGAUUUAUUUUCAUCGCGAUGGCAACCUCUACUGCGGAAGACAUCACGCGGAAACCCAAAAGCCACGCUGUUCCGCUUGCGAUGAGAUAAUUUUUUCUGAUGAAUGCACAGAGGCGGAAGGACGUACUUGGCAUAUGAAACAUUUUGCCUGUCUUGAAUGUGAACAGCAACUGGGUGGACAACGCUAUAUAAUGCGAGAAGGCAAACCAUAUUGCCUGAGUUGCUUCGAUAGCAUGUUCGCAGAGUACUGUGACUAUUGCGGUGAAGUAAUAGGUGUAGAUCAGGGUCAAAUGAGUCACGAUGGCCAACAUUGGCAUGCAACAGACCAAUGUUUCUCCUGCUGUACAUGUCGUUGUUCACUUCUUGGCAGACCAUUCCUACCAAGACGAGGAACUAUUUAUUGCUCCAUAGCUUGUAGUAAAGGCGAACCACCGACACCGUCUGAUACUAGUUCCGGUCCACAAUUACGACCAACACAUCGUGCCAGUACAACAAGCCAAAUUGCAAGAUCUCCAAGGCACGGACGCGGAGAAAAUCGCACUAAAAAUACAACCAAAAAUGCAGGCAGUGCUGGUGACUUGAUAGAAAGACAUGAACGGCAGCGACUGAAUGUUGGUUUGGAUCGUUUGACACUGGCACGUAACUUAGAGAAUGGUGGCGUACCAGGCAUACCUAGACCAGCACAUCCACCACCAAUAGACUUAACAGAAUUAGGUAUUAGUUUGGAUAAUAUAUGCGCUGGUGAUAAAUCAAUAUUUGGUGACACAAAUUUAACAUCCUCCCUACCCGAUAUGCUAAUGUCAAAAGCCGAAGAUUCGCAUAGUUAUCAAAGUAUUGACAAAAUUAAUAUAAACUCGCCGAGUGCUUCAGAUAUGACGCAAAGCACACAGGAAAUAACCAACGAGCUUGAAUUGGACAAUGACGACAAUGAAAAUGAUUUUUCAAAUGAUAAUUACGAGCGACUGUUGACGACAAAGUCAAGAACCAAUAAGCACCGAAACAAGCAUGAAAUUGAUAAUGUUGCUGAAAUCAAUGAUGAGGAAAAUAAUCGCCAGCAUAAUAUGAAGGAGGUACGCUUCCAUAGCAUCAACGACACUAUGUCACGGUCGAAAAGUUAUACAGACAACUCAAAUGCCAGACGCAGGCGACGUAAACGUAAUCAAUCACGAAGUUCAUCCGAAAUGCAAAUCAAUCAAACAAAUUUGCGGUUGCACAACGCACAAACGCAAGCAGGUGUUGUCGGCAACAAUUUGGAUAAUUGCGAUGCUGUCAGUGUUUGUUCCACCUGCUCCUCUAGUUCAUCCAGCGAUAUGGAUGAUUAUGUGUAUCGCAUACCGGCGCGCAAACACUAUGGGGGUGUGCGGGUUUCAUAUGUGCCCAACGAUGCAAUAGCCUAUGAGCGCAAGAAAAAGUUGGCUAGUCAGGAGCAGAGCGUUGGUGGUAGUGGCGGUAGUGGCGGUUGUGGUGGUAGCACGACGAGUGGUGGUGAUAGCAAAAGUUGCGUGAUAUCAUGACAACCUCCAAUACUACCGCCACCGCCAUUAAAUCUGGGCAGUUAUUAUAUACUGGAUACGAUUUUGGAGGAACAAAGAUUGGUCGAAGAAAAACGGCCAGGCUGUUUAAGGCGUUUUUGGCAGUACAUAAAAAACGGAAAUGGUAGGAAAAGCACGAAAAUGGAAUGCGUGUAAAGUGGGAGAGGUAGUGUUGGAGAGCAAUGUAAUUAGUGAAGUUUAUUAUGAGUUUAUCGAUAAUUAUAUAAAGGAGUAGUAAGCGAGUUGUAGUGAAGGAAAACUCAAUUAAGUAAUUAAAAUUUUGUAUUCAAUUAAUGUUGUGUCCAAGUACUUUGAGUAAUUUAGACUCCGGCCAGUGUCUCGAGUUAAAUUAGCAUAUCUCUGUAUAUAAUAAAUGCUGUUUAAUUUUGUAUAUUAAACCGAAAUAGAACUUCCAUAUCGUAGCUACUAAAGUAUAUCAAACUUAGAACUUUGUACAAAGCAACUAUAUCAGUAUAUUUACAACUGAACCUAGAGUGUAUAUUAGUGUUUUAUAUUAUUGUAU